GGGGUUGAGCACAGAGAGUCAGGACAGCAUGCCAGCAGCUUCAUACACAGACCAGGGAGGACAGUCAGGACAGCAUGCCAGCAGCUUCAUACACAGACCAGGGAGGAGAGUCAGGACAGCAUGCCAACAGCUUCAUACACAGACCAGGGAGGAGAGUCAGGACAGCAUGCCAACAGCUUCAUACACAGACCAGGGAGGAGAGUCAGGACAGCAUGCCAACAGCUUCAUACACAGACCAGGGAGGAGAGUCAGGACAGCAUGCCAGCAGCUUCAUAAACACACCAGGGGGGGAGAGUCAGGACAGCAUGCCAGCGGCUUCAUACACAGACCAGGGGGGAAGAGUCAGGACAGCAUGCCAGCAGCUUCAUACAGACAGGGGGGAGAGUCAGGACAGCAUGCCAGCAGCUUCAUACACAGACCAGGGAGGAGAGUCAGGACAGCAUGCCAGCAGCUUCAUGAACACACCAGGGGGGGAGAGUCAGGACAGCAUGCCAGCGGCUUCAUACAGACAGGGGGGAGAGUCAGGACAGCAUGCCAGCAGCUUCAUACACAGACCAGUGGGGAAGAGUCAGGACAGCAUGCCAGCAGCUUCAUACAGACAGGGGGGAGAGUCAGGACAGCAUGCCAGCAGCUUCAUACACAGACCAGUGGGGAAGAGUCAGGACAGCAUGCCAGCAGCUUCAUACACAGACCAGGGGGGAGAGUCAGGACAGCAUGCCAGCAGCUUCAUACACAGACCAGUGGGGAAGAGUCAGGACAGCAUGCCAGCAGCUUCAUACAGACAGGGGGGAGAGUCAGGACAGCAUGCCAGCAGCUUCAUACACAGACCAGUGGGGAAGAGUCAGGACAGCAUGCCAGCAGCUUCAUACAGACAGGGGGGAGAGUCAGGACAGCAUGCCAGCAGCUUCAUACACAGACCAGGGUGGAGAACAAGCUAGGAACUUCACACACACACACUAACAUGCCUCAACAUCUACAUAUUGCUAUUGGAUCCUGCUAUCAACACUAAAUACACAGGUGAACAGUCAUAACAACAUGUCAUCAGCUUUACACACACACACACACACACACA